AUGAUCUCUGAUGAAAGAAGAAAUAUUACUACAACAACUGGUGAUGCUGAAUAUAUUGGAGGAGAAAGAGAACACUUUACUACUACAGGUGGAGAAACUCUCGAAGGUGGAGAGACAACAACAACAACUACUUAUAUUACAAGUAGUGGUGGUGGUGUUGGUAACACGACUUCAAUUGGUAGUUCAAGAAUACCAACGAGAAAACAAAUAGAGAAACAAACAAGAGAAUCCACUUCUAGUGAAACAGAUGCGAACGGAAUUACAACAACAACUGGAACAGUAACUGAAACCGAAAAUGGUGAAACGACUGUCACAAUAACAUUCACUAAAAUGGACCAGAGUGGAAGAGAAAUAUCAAGUAGCUCUAAGACAAAUGAUACAUAUGAUACUGUAACUAGUGGUGAAAAAGGUGAUGAAGGCGAAGUUAUUACUACCAUCAUAACUACGAACGGUGGAAAACUCAAACUACUACAAGCACUGUUGGAUACACGUUCGAUCAAAAGAACUUCGACUUAUGGUAGAAGUGGUGGUAAAAUUUCAAGAGGUAAAAAGAAAUCUACAGCGACUACUGCUUCUAAAGUAAAUAGAAGUGGUGAUCAAAACAUUCAUUUUCUGAAUUCAAUUCAUUUGUAG